AUGUUCGAGAAUAUCUUUCAGAAGAAGGUAGCGCCUUGUAGAAGCACGCCAGCGGCUGCAGCCGCCGCAUACAGUGCUGUGCACACCUCUCGAUUGCCAGGGGGUCAAGAUGCGCCUUCCCUAAUGCCCCAAGACUCGUUAACGGGGCAGAUACGGUGGGGGUCGCCGCCUCCCCCAAGAGAAGCGGCUCACGGCGCUCACCAGGGCAGGGGAACCCUCCCUUUCGAGCCUUGCUUAUAUCUCUGCAUUCUGCAUACAGCAGCAUUAGACAGCGCCAUGGCUCACCUUCUGAUCGCUCUCCUCGUGGCUCUGGUGCCUUUACUCGUCCCAUUGCAGAGGCUAGACAAAACAAGCCUUGUUUCGUUUGCAGAUGCUUCAGACAAGGGGCGCAGUGGUGGAGGAGGCGAUGACACAGGAUCAGGGGAUGACACCCCGGAAGAGACCACUGAAGAAAAAGACGGAAAGAAGUCUGAGGGUGCAGAUAAGGGCAAGACCGACGCAAAGAAACCCAACGCACUUAUAUCAGCUGCCUUCCCGCUGCUGUGGAAUGCCGCAGCCAGCGCCGUGGUAGCUUCCGAAGAUCCAGCAGAACUGGAGGAAUUCAACGCAGCGCUUUCCCGUAUCUUUUCAAGACACAUUCAAUUUCCUCCAAAGUACAGUGGCUCGCUGGAGGUAAUUAAUGAUGCGAUAGCUGACGUAUUGUUGAAGACCAACACAAAAAUGUCCCUGAGUGACCUCCAGCGGCUUUUCUACAGCAGAGGUGGCCGUGGGACCUAUAUGCAACUGCCAGAAUUACUGACAGAGCUGAGGCAAGCGGCCGACCACGUGUUUGAGGAGCAGCGACGCAUCAAGACGUUAAACAGACUUCGAAGAAGAGGCGUCCCGAUCAGCGUUGAUGAUUUGAAAUUGCGUCCAUUUGUGCAAGAAGAGUACUCCGGCCCAGUGACGACCAGUGAUAUCGAGAAUAUAUCAGAAGCAGAAAUUCAACAGAGGCAGGCUAGGGUUAACGGCUGGCUUCAGAUGCUAGACAUGACGCGAUUUUUGCAGAGGCAGCAGCUCAGAAUGAAAGGUCCCUUGAAAGCUGAACCCAUCAACGACGAUGACAUCCAAGCGACCGAGGAAGAUGUCCAUGGUCUGAGCUUCACCGCAAAUCUGAGCGACGCGUCGGAUGGGGUGUCCAGCGGAAGACCUGGAAAGGACAUGACGCUACACGACCACGACGAAGAGAGUGAAGCAUUGACAAAUGAGUAA